AAUGAAGCUGAUCUUAGAAAGCAACUGAAGGACGAAAACUGCUAGAGCCCAGAAGGGAUCCUAGGCUCUGAUCAGCGAAAAAGCCUACAACAACCAAACUGAAUACACACCUAGCAUUACCAGGAUGGAAAAUGAUGAAAGUGUAUUAAGGAGGAAAUUAGAAAUGGUCUGUGGUGUUCCCCUAUUCUGGAGUAUUGUUGAAGAAUGGGCCCAGGUGGAAUCAUUCCAAGCGAGGCCAGAUGACCUUCUCAUUUCCACCUACCCGAAAUCAGGCACAACCUGGAUCAGUGAAAUUGUGGACAUGAUCUAUAACAACGGUGAUGCUGAGAAGUGUAAACGGGAUGCGAUUUACGUUCGGGUCCCUUUUAUGGAGCUGAUCAUCCCAGGAAUUUCAAAUGGUGUUGCACAGCUGGCUAAAAUGCCCUCUCCCCGAUUAGUAAAGACCCAUCUUCCUGUUCAACUCCUUCCUGACUCCUUCUGGGAAAACAACUGCAAGAUCAUCUACGUUGCCCGAAAUGCCAAGGAUGUGGCUGUCUCUUAUUACCAUUUCUACCAAAUGGCAAAGAUGCAUCCAGAGCCUGGCACCUGGGAUGAAUUCCUGGAGAAGUUUGUAACUGGGGAAGUUGCGUUUGGACCUUGGUAUGAUCAUGUGAAAGGCUGGUGGGAGAAGAGAAAGGACAAGCCGAUUCUGUACCUGUUCUAUGAGGACAUGAAAGAGGAUCCUAAACGUGAAAUACAAAAGGUGUUACAGUUUCUGGGAAAGGACUUGAAGGAGGAUGUGGUGAAUAAAAUCCUCCAUCACACCUCAUUCCAGGAGAUGCAGAAGAACCCCACUGCCAAUUAUAAGAUGGUAUCAAAAGCUCAUAUGGAUCACAGUGUGUCUCCCUUUAUGAGAAAAGGUAUUGCGGGCGACUGGAAGAAUCACUUCACCGUGGCCCAGAAUGAGGCAUUUGACUCAGAUUAUAAAGAGAAGAUGAAGGGAUCGACACUGCAGUUCCGAACGGAGAUCUGAUGCAGCAGUAGCUUCCUUCCCCCAUCUGGCUUAAGUGUUUAGUUGGCUUGGACAAGGGAGAAACUGAAAUUAAAUGGGAGCACCAAAGCGAACAGCAACUGUUAACUACUUUAAAUAUGAUUUUUUCCAUAUGUUUCUAUUUUUGUGGGGUCUUCAGUUCCAUAACUGCCAUUUGUAUAAUGCAGAUGGGACUUCAAGCCCCACCCCUCUGGACUGUCACUAGGAUCAGUGAUGGUUUCAGAUGUUGUGUGCGGAGAUUCUCACAUAACCACAUGACUCCAGGGGCUGGGGCUUGAAGAAAACCCACUAAAUAUCAUGUCUUGUGGUAAAAUCACAGGAGAUGGCAAUACUGAGGUUACUCCACCAGAGUGAUUAUGCAGCCACUAUCAUUAGCAAACAACAGCAAGCUAUCGUUGGGAAUCUUGGCCUCAGUUUUUAAGGUCUCAUGUACAAGGCCCUACACUGUAAACUACAUGGUACCGAGUUUGUCUACUAGACCUGAAAAGCUGAGCUGAGCCUGCUGUGACUCAAACCACCAGGUUCCAGAAAGUCUAGCUAUGCCAAAGCUGAUGUGUAGACCGUUAGGUGCUUUGAGAGGAAAAGCACUGGAAGAGCUAGAUAUUAAGUGAUGCCCUCCAAAAGAGUCUUUCAUUCAAAUUGCAUAUGCAUGUCAAAUGUGCCUGCCUGUGAGCACACUCACACACACGGAUUAAAGGCUGUCAAUCUGA